UCACAGACAAUACAAGGCAGCCCACACAAUGGUCCACCACGCCCACCACCACGACGCUGACCCGGCUCUUGCUGCCGGCGGCAUCCCCAACGUCGCCAACGAGAAGGCCGUCGAGGAGGCGCUUAACACGGACCGUGCGGUGCAGGACCAGUCCUACGUCAAGCAGGUGCUCGAGGCCUACGUCUCCAACAAGAAGAAGCAGGGCGACGACGGUGACGAGAUCAGCAAGAAGCUCUUGUGGAUCGAGCAGCGUUUCCCCCACUUCAAGAAGGUCGUCGACCAGGUCACCAACGAGAAUGGGCUCAAGAGCAUCUCUGCUGUUUAGUGUGG